CAGAUAACAGUUCACCAGAACCCCUUAAUGUUACGAUUUCCUUCAUCCCUGCUGCGCCCCGAUACACAGAUAAUUCAUUGAAAGUAAAUAAAUCACACUAAUGCUGUUUUCUGGUCACUUACUGAACUCCACCACACUCAUUAAGUUCAGUGUGGAACAUGGUCCUGCUUAAAUAAACUACAUCGAGGAACGGAAUCGAUUAUAUCUUACUCCGACCCGCUAGAAGAUGAGCUCAACCAUGCGGUAUACCCCCUUCGCCUCUGACAUAGAAUUUCCAUUCUAUACGGCCCUAGCAUCACUCAAGAUCAACCAUGACAAGCUUGAUGAUGCCGCCCGCAAAGUGCUGGGUUUCUAUGAGGUCCGAACUACAGAUCCUCCUAAUGCUUCAUGCCGAAUGCAAAUACAUGGAAGCGCCCUAACUAACGAUGAAACACCGGCUGGAUUAUAUCGAGCCGAAGGGAUGAUCAAGAAUGUCAAUACAUUUGAAGAGUACACAAAUAUCGACAAAGCACAUAUUCUUCAGCGGUCUGCAAAGAUGAUAUGGGAUGCUAUAAGUGACGGCACGAUCUACUCAACCCCCUCGUUACUCGCCUCCUUCAUCAUCUUGUCGUAUGCAGACCUCAAAAAGUACAAGUUCCACUAUUGGUUUGCAUUUCCCGCACUGCAUUCAAAUCCUUCCUGGACAUUUUCAAAGGACACUGAGCGAGAUGACACGUCCGGUCUGUCUAGAAAAGCAACGGCAUCUGAUAUUCCUCUAUCAGAUGCUGAAAUUGCGCGUCUUGUAGAGACGGUCAAGACAUGGACUCAUGGCGUUGAAGACCGCCAGCGAGGGUUCUUCUUGGCUAGAAGGGUCCAUGACAUCAAGGAUGGAGCAGGAUCCGAAAACAGAUCAGGGAUUACCGACCAAAUCACAGAAUCAUCAAAUCCUGAUGGCCCGCGUUGGCGAAUUGCUACCCUCUCAGCAUACGAAAAUGGAUUUUUCAACGAGGCAAGUUUUGAAGACUGCUAUGUCAGCUUUGCAGAUCCUUCAAACUAUGAUGAUGCACCCGGAUGGAUGCUCAGGAAUCUCCUGGUGCUUGUAAAAAGACGAUGGGGACUCAAUAAAGUUCAGGUACUGAGAUACCGCGACACACAGCCGCAGCCCAGUCGCAGUAAUUAUAAAAGCACGGUGCUGAUACUGGGAUCGGAUACACCGAGUGAUGGAAAUUCGCAAAUUCCGAGCAAAGACAUGCCAAAAGUGACCGGGUGGGAACGUAAUCCAGCUGGUAAAUUGACGAGUCGAUUGGUCAAUCUCACAGAGUACCUAGAUCCCAAGAGGCUGGCUGACCAGUCGGUUGAUCUCAACCUCAAACUCAUGAAAUGGCGGAUUAGUCCUAAUCUGAAUCUCGAAAGAAUUAAGCACACCAAAUGCCUCCUAUUGGGAGCGGGGACCCUCGGAAGCUAUGUUGCAAGAAACCUGAUGGGCUGGGGAGUAUCCCAAAUCACUUUUGUGGAUAAUGGGUCUGUGUCGUUUUCCAACCCUGUGAGGCAACCACUCUACAACUUCGCCGAUUGUCUAGAUGGCGGGGUCAAAAAGGCUCUUCGUGCUUCUCAGGCUUUGUUGGAAAUUUAUCCUGGAGUAGACUCUACAGGUCAUGUUUUGUCUGUGCCCAUGCUUGGUCACCCGGUCAUCGAUGUUGACAAAGCACGAGCGGAAUUCGAGGUACUACAGACACUUAUAAACGAACAUGACGUCAUAUUUCUUUUAAUGGACACGCGAGAAGCACGCUGGUUGCCGACAGUCAUGGGGAAGGCAGCUGGCAAACUUGUCAUGAAUGCGGCACUCGGAUUCGACUCAUAUGUGGUUAUGCGUCAUGGCAUCAAGACAGAUGAGGACCCAUCAGCAGAACUCGGCUGCUAUUUUUGCAACGACGUCGUUGCGCCGAUGAAUUCUGUCAAGGACCAAACACUUGAUCAACAGUGUACCGUCACUCGACCUGGUGUAGCCGCCAUAGCCUCGGCUUUACUAGUAGAGUUGCUUGUUUCCCUUCUUCAACAUCCUCUAGGCACUGCCGCACCGGCCCCGUCUUCACGUAGUGAUGACCGAGGAGACCAUCCUCUGGGACUUGUGCCACAUCAAAUCAGAGGAUUUCUUGCAACGUUUGAGAAUGUCCCCGUCGUAGGCAGAAGCUACAAGUAUUGUAGCGCCUGUUCAGACAAUAUCAUUCUUACUUACAAAGAACAUGGUUGGGGGUUCGUUCUAAGGGCUUUAAAUGAGCCUGGAUACGUUGAAGAACUGAGCGGUCUCAAGGAGGUGCAAGCAGUAGCAGAGGCAUCGCUUGCGGACGUCGAAUGGGAUGAGGACAGCGAUUCAGGAGAGGAGAUAGAAUCAAGCUCGGUCUGAUGUUAAGAAAGACGGUUGACGCUACAGAUUUUGGCAAUUGUUGUGCCCGAAGGUCAACGAUCCCACCAUUCUAAGACUCUCAGUAGUCAGGAAUUUGGUUUUCCAUUCUGCUACCUCCGAUUAAGGCCAAUGAAAAAGGAUUCUUUGGAC